AGGCCGGGCGGGCAGCCGGGGGUGCGAAGCCGAGCAGGCGCGGGGCGCCGGGGCGAGGCCGAACGAGGCGAGGCCGGCCGCGGGGCGCGCGUCAAGCCGCCUGCUUUCUUCUCUGCCCCCUCCUCUGCCCGUCAGCCCUCCGCCCCACCUUUGUUCCUCCGAAGGCUCCUGGGGAGACCCUUGCCUUGGGGCCUCGACUCCGCAGACGAGUCGCCCCCUCUUCAGGGUCCGGGUUUGGGGGACCACCCCGCGGGCGCGCCCCCAGCUCCGCGGACCCGGGGGCCUGGGUGAGCGAGGGAGACGCGGGCGCAUCCGCUCCCGCGCGGCGGCUCGGACACGCGGACGCCCCCUGCCCCCACCCCGGGUCGCUUUUGCUCAGCGGAGCCGGUAGAGCCCUGGGACGCGAUCCGCAGUUAGAGAGGUAGACGUCUCCAGCAAACGGCCAGUGUUGGUUCUUCAGAAUGAAGCACUUUAUCCACAGCGGCGCUCCUAUACUAGUGAGGAUGAAGCCUGGAAGUCUUUCUUGGAAAACCCUCUCACUGCAGCAACCAAAGCCAUGAUGAGCAUCAAUGGAGAUGAAGACAGUGCGGCUGCGCUGGGCUUGCUCUAUGACUAUUACAAGGUUCCAAGAGAGAGAAGGUCAUCAACAGCAAAGCCUGAUGUUGAACACCCAGAGCCAGAUCAUAGCAAAAGAAACAGCAUACCAAAUGUGACUGAGCAACCCCUCAUUUCUGCUGGAGAAAACAGAGUGCAAGUACUGAAAAAUGUGCCAUUUAACAUUGUUCUUCCCCAUGGCAACCAACUGGGCAUUGAUAAGAGAGGCCAUCUAACAGCUCCUGAUACAACAGUUACUGUCUCCAUAGCAACGAUGCCUACCCACUCCAUCAAGACAGAAACCCAGCCCCAUGGCUUUGCUGUGGGAAUCCCCCCAGCAGUAUAUCAUCCUGAGCCUACUGAGCGGGUGGUGGUUUUUGACCGGAACCUUAAUACUGACCAGUUCAGCUCUGGCGCUCAACCCCCAAAUGCUCAAAGGCGAACUCCAGACUCUACCUUCUCAGAGACCUUCAAGGAAGGCGUUCAGGAGGUUUUCUUCCCCUCGGAUCUCAGUCUGCGGAUGCCUGGCAUGAAUUCAGAGGACUAUGUUUUUGACAGUGUUUCUGGGAACAACUUUGAAUAUACCCUAGAAGCCUCAAAAUCGCUUCGGCAGAAGCCAGGAGAUAGCACCAUGACAUAUCUGAACAAAGGCCAGUUCUACCCUGUCACCUUAAAGGAGGUGAACAGCAGCGAAGGGAUCCACCGCCCCAUCAGCAAAGUCCGAAGUGUAAUCAUGGUGGUUUUUGCUGAAGACAAAAGCAGAGAAGAUCAGUUAAGGCAUUGGAAAUACUGGCACUCCCGGCAGCACACAGCCAAACAAAGAUGCAUUGACAUAGCUGACUACAAAGAAAGCUUCAAUACCAUCAGUAAUAUUGAGGAGAUUGCUUACAAUGCCAUUUCUUUUACUUGGGACAUUAAUGAUGAAGCAAAGGUUUUCAUCUCUGUGAACUGCUUAAGCACAGAUUUCUCUUCUCAGAAAGGCGUGAAGGGAUUGCCUCUUAAUAUCCAAGUUGACACCUACAGUUAUAACAACCGUAGCAACAAGCCUGUGCAUCGGGCCUACUGCCAAAUAAAGGUCUUCUGUGACAAGGGGGCUGAACGGAAAAUCAGGGAUGAAGAGCGAAAGCAAAGCAAAAGAAAAGGCAAGUGCGCUGACCCCAGCUCCCAGUUGGGUGCCUUUUCUGAUGUUAAAGUACCACUGCUUCCCUCUCACAAACGAAUGGAUAUCACAGUUUUCAAGCCCUUUAUUGAUCUGGAUACUCAGCCUGUCCUCUUCAUUCCUGAUGUACAUUUCGCCAACCUUCAACGCGGCACUCAUGUCCUUCCCAUUGCCUCAGAAGAACUGGAAGGUGAAGGAUCUAACUUGAAAAGGGGGCCAUAUGGAUCGGAAGAUGAUUUUGCGAUUCCACCUCCUGCUAAACUGACCCGGAUAGAAGAACCAAAGAGAGUGCUGCUGUAUGUGCGGAAGGAGUCAGAAGAAGUCUUUGAUGCCCUCAUGCUCAAGACUCCAUCGUUGAAAGGCUUGAUGGAAGCUAUCUCGGAUAAAUAUGAUGUUCCCCAUGACAAGAUUGGAAAAAUAUUCAAGAAAUGUAAAAAAGGGAUUCUCGUGAACAUGGAUGACAACAUUGUGAAGCAUUACUCCAAUGAAGACACCUUUCAGCUGCAGAUCGAAGAAGCAGGAGGGUCGUACAAACUCACCCUCACUGAGAUCUAAGGGCGUCCCAGCCCACAGCUCCCAGGAGUUUAGUAAAGGUGCCACGUAGGUCUUACUGGUGGGCAAGCCACAGGUCCACCAGUCAGCUGCCUUCCAGACGCAGGUGGAUGUCAACGGAAGGGCUUCCUUUCGAGUUGGAGAUGGCGCUGCAUUUGGCUUAGACAUAGCAUUGAAUAAAUUGCAUUGGCGUUUUUCAGAUGACAGAGCAAUUCAUAUACCAUUAUGUUUUAAUUUUCUGAUAUAAAUACUUAGGAUUAGAAAUGAAAACUCUGUUCCAAGAUUGAAUAGGCCAUCCUGGAACCUUUAAGAUAUCUGUUACAUUAUUUAUAAAAAUAUCUUGUCUCUUCAAAGUCAGUGGGCCUGCUCACUACUGUAAGUCAGAAAAGGCAAUGGGCUUGGCUUUAAGGAUUUUGUGCCCUUGCCUGAACUCAGUGUAACUGACUGCCUCAGGUUAGUGGGGGUGGCAUCCAGAGAGGGAAGGAUGCGCCCUGUCUCCCUCUGCUCUCUUCCCCCAGUAAAUGUUUACUCAAAUAGGGCAUGUUACUGAAAUCUUCCUUUGCCACUUUUUUGAACAUAGCAACUGCCUUUCUUGUGAAGAACUUAAAUGGGUUACAGUAUGAAUCAGUUAAGCUAAAGCUGCAUUGUAUAUAAGUGCAAUACAUUUUUGAAGGCCUGUGUCUGUAAAUGUGUACAUUCAUGUCUUAUUAUAUAAAUAGAUAAUAUAUAAAUACACUAUCUGUGUACAUAUAAUGAAGAGAUGCAAUAAGGUCUACUUUAAAGACUUUCCCUAGACGAAAGGUUAAGUUAUUUUUGAUAAUGUAUACCAAGCAGAUAGAGUACUGUGCUUAGUGGAACCCACUGAAAUGCUUUCUGUGUUUUCCCAAACACAGCAGUCAUUCUGUAGCAUAGCAAAGCCUUCUCAAAUGACAGAUUCUGUUUGCUCUUGAGAAUGUUCUUAAUUGGACUCCUGCAUUGUUCAACAAAUGAAGUAAAGGAAAAACACUACUGCAGUUCAUGUCUGUUUGUAUGCAACUUAUCAGUCAUGUACCUGCUAGAGUGAACACACCAUGGUCGUUAGAGCCUCAUACUGUGGUUACUGUGUGACCACAACUCAGGCAUGCAACUCAGAACGCAGGCUUCCCAAUUUUCCUGCUAGAAGUGACUUCUGGUUUAUCAUGUGUCAGAGCCUUCAAGCUUUGAUUAUUUUGUAUGCUAACAGUUCUAAAAAGGAUUCAUGAACUUACAAGACUAUGUUACUAUGGCAAGGGAACAUUUUGUCACAUGUUUAAAUAUAUAAAAAUAUUAAAAAGUGUCAUUUUAUAACAAAAUCACGGGUAUCUAGGUUCAGGGAGCUAGAAUAGGUCAUUUGUAUAAGUAGGACUCUUAUGUUAAAAUACUCUAAUGAAGUAUGUGAAUUAAAUUGUUGGUUUUUUAAGAUAAGAUACCAUGGGACACGGGUCACAUACCAAUAUUUUAUAUUUUGUUUUAUGAAAUCGGUUUUGUCUUACUGUUUUUAAUUGUAUCAUUGAAGAAGAUGUAUUUUAAACCAAAGGGAUUAAAUUUUGUAUGUCUAUUUCA